AUGAAACCCCCGAUCGUUUGGAAGCGUAUCACGGGAGACACUCGCCGCUACCCAGAGCGCAAAACCUACCUCUACAACCAACACGACCCCCUCAUCCUCUUCGAGCACUCUGGCUUUUCCGCGAAGCGGCUCAUCCAGCUGCGCGCCGACAUCGCCGCCGCGGUCACCAAGCACGCCAGCACGCAGCCCUCGCUCUCCCCCAAACCCAAGUCCAAGUCGUCCACACCCCCACCUGUCGAGCAGCCGACGUUCACCAUCAUGCGCCCCAUCCUCUUCGGCGCCGUCCUCCGCGGCUCGCCCGACAUGGACCCCGUCGUGCGCGAGCGGCUCGCGAGCACCGUCUCGACGUCACUCGCCGCGCUCUCUUUCCCGCAACUCAACCCGCCGCAGCUCAAGGCCGUCCUCCGCGUGCUCGCGCGCACGAUCGAGGACGCGCGCAAGGCCGCAGAGGCCGCAUUCGUGCCAGGGCGCCGCCCGAAGCGCGUCCGCCCGAUCCCAGUCCCGGAUCUCAAGCUCCUUGGCGCGGUGGUGGAAGGAAAGGUGUUCAUGGCGGAGGGCGUGCAGAGCAUUGCGGAGCUGCCGACGUUGGACGCGCUCCGGGCGCAGAUCGUGGGGCUGUUGAGCGCGCCGGCGAUGCAGCUCUCGAUGGUGCUCAACGAGGCGAGCGGGGCGAAGCUAUCGAGGACUCUAGAGGGGUUCAAAAAGAGUCUGGAGCCGGAGGCAGCAGAGGGCGAGGCUCCGCCGUCGUAG